GUGAUGGAACAGUGCAAUGAGCUUUAUAAGCAGAGGCAAUAUCGGCAUCAAAAGACCCUCUAACUUGAUCUAAACUCUCUAGUGUACGAGAGAGAAAGGUUAAUGAUACCAAACAGCAAAGAUAGAGCUAGAGAGAGAGAAAGAGAGAGACCCAAGAAAAAGCUUUCAUCAUUUAACAUAAGAGAACUUUGAAGAGUCUAAGUAAAAGUUUUUAAAGCUUUGUUGCAGAAAGCUUAAUUAAAAGAACUUUUCUCCCCCUAUAUCCUCCCUCUCUCUCACUCUCUUUAUUAGUCCUUCCUCUCCUUUGUAAAGCUGCACCUCCCACUAUCUUCAAAUUUUCUUCUUCUUUUUCUUUUUUGUCUCUAGGUCUUGUUUCAUCAAAUCAAUCUCUAGAAAUUCAAAUUACAAUAAAGUCAAAAAGAGAGAAGAAAAAGUUGUAAAUGAUGAGAACAGAUCAAGACACAGUAGUGAUAUUGGAUGCUGCUUCCAACAAGAACACUAGUAACACAUGUUGUGUGGUUUCCUCUUCUUCCUCUGAUCCUUUCCUCUCUUCUUCUGAAAAUGGGGUCGCUACCACAAACACAUCCAAUCAGAAGAGGAAAAGAAGACCUGCAGAUCCAGAUGCAGAAGUUGUGUCUUUAUCACCAAGAACUCUUCUUGAAUCAGACAGAUACAUAUGUGAGAUCUGUAACCAAGGGUUUCAAAGAGAUCAAAAUCUCCAGAUGCAUCGAAGACGUCACAAGGUUCCAUGGAAGCUUCUGAAAAGAGACAACAAUAUAGAGGUGAAGAAACGAGUGUAUGUUUGCCCUGAACCCACUUGUCUUCACCACGAUCCUUGUCAUGCUCUUGGAGAUCUUGUCGGAAUAAAAAAACAUUUCAGAAGAAAACACAGUAACCAUAAGCAAUGGGUUUGUGAGAGAUGCUCUAAAGGUUAUGCUGUUCAAUCAGAUUACAAAGCUCAUCUCAAAACUUGUGGCACUAGGGGACAUUCUUGUGACUGUGGUCGCGUCUUCUCCAGGGUGGAGAGUUUUAUUGAGCAUCAAGAUAGCUGCUCCAUUCGAAAAGUUCACCAUGAACCGCCGCCACCGCCACAAGCUACGGUGAAUGUCCCGGCUUGCUCCUCUAGAACUGCCUCAACCGCAAGCACUCCAUCUACGGAAACGAAUUACGCUGGUGCGGUUGCUACUCCUUUACCUCUAGAAGGGCGUCCAAUUCCUAUAAGAAACUCAUCAAACGAUGUCAAUCUCGAACUCCAGCUUCUUCCAUUAACGCCAAAUCAAAACCGUAAUCAAGAAAACCAACAACACAAAGUUAAAGAACCAUCUCAUCAUCGUAAUCAUCAUGAUACUACAAACUUAAACCUCUCCAUUGCACCAACUGCACCAUCAUUAUCUCAUCAGUACAACAACUUUGAUCGUAUAAAAGAAAUAAUGGCGAGUGAACAGAUAAUGAAGUUAGCGAUGAAGGAGAAAGCUUACGCAGAGGAAGCUAAAAGAGAAGCGAAGAGGCAACGAGAGAUAGCGGAAAACGAAUUUGUUAAUGCUAAGAAGAUAAGGCAACAAGCACAAGCUGAGCUUGAGAGAGCUAAGCUUUUAAAGGAACAAUCUAUGAAGAAGAUAAGCUCGACGAUUAUGCAAGUUACUUGUCAAACAUGUAAAGGACAGUUUCAAGCGGUGGCUUCGGCGGAUGAGACAUCUCUUGUGGUGAGUUACAUGUCGUCAGCGAAUACUGACGGAGAGGCAUCCUAAAAUUUGAAAGGGGUUUAAUACAAAAAAAAAACUCAGAUAAAAUUGAAGCAUUUUAUCUUAUUGUUUGGUGUAUUAAUUACGUUGUCUUAUUUUGUCCUCUUUGUAUUACCAUAUUUGUAUGUGAUUGGUUAAUUAUUGUAAUUGUCAAAUCUUCAGUUAUAUUAAAA